UUCGGCACAUCUAAGCUUCAUCUGCGUUCCUCAGAAGGAUUCCAAGCUAAGAUCGUUGACACAUCCCACCUUAGGCAUGUCUUUAACCUUCUUUCGUCAAUCCGAGUUUACAUUCAGCCAUCUUCAGUGCGCCAUGUCGACAAUGCCCGCCUGCUGUUGGGAAACUUGUACAGCCGUCCUUGACGACGUUACACCAGCCGGAAUAACCCGCCAUCUUAAAGAUCGACACUUGGAUACGUGGAAGGCCCACCAAGUCGGGCGCUGCAGGUGGCGGGUGCCCAAUGGCGUGCCGGCCAACCACGGAUUGUGCAACAGAGACAUGAAAUAUGCGAGCUUUGGCAAACACAUCGCAUCUGUGCAUCUGAAGUCAACCGUGCGCUUCUGCAUGAAGUGCAACAUGGUGUUCUCGAGGCCCGAUGCGCUGGUCAGGCAUUGGAACACCACUUGUGAUGAGAUGCAUAAUGGCUCAGCAUGAGAGUGCUCUCUAGUGAUGCGUCCAAGCGUCCAGACGUCGGUACUUUGAACUUUGAUACAGUCUUUAGCAUCCGAUGUUUUCAUCUUUGGGUCAUGACCCUAGUUCUCGAGGAUUACAUUCUGUUUUUCUGUUUCAUUUGUCGGGUAGGCUGGCCCUGCCCUUGCCUGCAUCAGGAAUUCCAUGUAGUGAUUCGCAC